UCUCGGCUCUACCAUGGUAGAUUGCUUUAAUUUGCGGUGGUCCAGGUCUGGCUCGCUCUGGUCCCGUGGCCACGAUCCCUCGCAGGCGCCAGUUUUGGAUAUUGAGAAAGUCAGAGCUUCUGAAAGAACACUUGUAGUUGCUGAUCUUCCAUUUCACGAUUCCAAUGAUAAGGCGCUGACCACUUUAGUGAAGAGUUACUUCCAAGACCUUGUACAUGAAAGUAGAGCUGUUGAAGCUGUGAUAUAUCCAACAAGUACCAAAGGAGUUGCGUAUGUAAUAUUCAGAGAAAAAAAAGUUGCUGAGAAUAUCAGACAAGGGAAACACUAUCUAACAAAGAAAAAGGGAGAAGCUCACUUCACUGUCUGGCAUUUUAGUGAAAAGGUCUUUAGUUGUGUGAGAGCCACCCUGGACCUUUCUGUCUUUGGGAGCCAUGACAGGCUGGAAAGUCUGGUGAGGGGCCUGCAACAGAAGAUUCCAACUUUAUGCUUCAGUAGUCUGCAGAGAAGUGGAAAGGUCGCCGUUCAAGGAUCAUUCCUGGCUUUCAAGAUGCUCCAUCAGUCUUUGCUAUCAGAAGCAAAGUCUUUUGUAGAACAAAACAGGAAGCUGUUCAGUGAGAGGAAAAAAUAUCACCAACAGAGCACUCAAAGGCAUGUACUGAGAAGCAGUGGCUCUGCAAACUCACUCCCCCCCUCAGUGCCUGAGCCUACCACGCGAGGAGAAACACUUGUUCUCCACACUGAUAUUUUCCUUUACCUGAAACACAGGUGCCGAAUUUAUGACGAUACGUUAAAAAAAUCUCGUGUUCUCUGUCAGGAGAGAGUUGAUGGCGAAAUUACCACAAUUUAUAUAAAAAGCAGGGGAUCUGGUACUCGGCCAAACAAUGAAAAAUAUGUGAAAGAGCUCAUUGAGCAGUUUUCACAUAAUCUUCUUGUUAACCUUAGAAAAGAGACAUUUGUUUUGGCAGGAAAGGAAAAUAGUGAGAGAAAAAAUAUUCGGUUGGCGUGUGAACAACUAUUUUCUAAGUACCCUCAGAUUCUGGUUAAUGUUUACAAAACACACAUUGACAUUAUUGGGCCUUCUCCUGACACUUAUUUAUUUAAGAGACAUGUUGCAGAAUUAAUAGGGCACAGGGUUAGAUAA